CAGCAGAGAAGUAGAAACUGCAGUAGCAGAAGCAUUAAAUCGACGCAACAUGAGAGUUUACCACUUGCUGCUGAUUGGAUUCGGCCUGGCGGCCAUUGCCGGCGGACGAGAGGCCCUGGCUCAACCGCCGAGAGACGAUCCACCGCCGUGUACGCCACCACCAUGUACCACCACUCCACCGCCCUGCACCAGGACCCCACCACCACCAGAACCUUGCACUCCACCUCCACCACCACCACCACCACCACCACCGGAACCUUGCACUCCACCUCCACCACCACCACCACCUUGCACCAGGACUCCACCCCCACCACCACCACCCUGCACCAGGACACCACCCCCACCACUUUGCACCAGGACUCCACCCCCACCACCACCACCACCCUGCACCAGGACUCCACCCCCACCACCCUGCACCAGGACACCACCCCCACCACCACCGUGCACCAGGACCCCACCCCCGCCUCCACCAUGCACCAGGACACCACCAUGCAACAGGCCUACACCUCGUCCGCCGUGCACCGCCACGCCACCCUGUAUCACCACCACCUGUCCCAUCACCACGGUCCAAACCACGAUCGCAACCACCAUAAAUCCGGCUUUGAGGAACGCUGAGCUGUUGUUCUCUCGCCAAGACUGCCAGGGUCAGGAGGAUGGAACCUUCUUGGCCGAUGUGCGUCACUGUCGCCGCUACUACGUGUGCAAUCGCCAGAAGUCAAAGAGGCAGAACUGUCCCAAUGGAUAUUGGUUCGAUCGUGAGCUGAAGGCUUGUCGUUUGGCCAAACUGGUUGAGAAUUGUGCCGCCAAGCGCAAUUAAUUAUCCAGUGUGACCAGGCUCCAUACAUGGCCUCUUUAGAGUGGCCAGUGUGGCUGUGCCUCUUAGCUAACCGCGAGGCAAAUUGGCUUUAGAGAAAAAUGUAUUUUUUUUUGUAGUUUUUUCCAAAGAGUUUAGCAAAAAUCAAUAUUAAUUAUUAACUAUUCCAAAAUAAAGAUUUCAAUGAUUAUACAUGAA